AAUUAUGCCAGCCUAUAAAAGCAACUUGGAAGUGCAGAUCAAGCAGGAUCAGAAACAGGGGAUGGGUCUGAUAGAUCAUGAAUAGACCGACACGUUCCCAGUGUGGAAAUUUAGAGGAGGUUCAACCACUAUAUAUGAAGAGAGUAAUAAUGAAAUGCAUUUUGCAGAUCAAGUCUACACCGAGAGCGCUGAGAUGUUGCCCAACAAGAAUCAGCUCCUUAAAGUGAGCAAGUCAAGUAAGAUUAAUCGAUUUAUCAACAUUAAUAGAAAAUCAUUAUGAAAUCCUGUUGUCUGUAAUGCAGCCACCCUUCAUGGUCGUCAAGGACAUAAAAUCAUCCAAUGGAUCCGAAUAUCCUCUCGUAGUUAAUUCAGUCAUUCGUUUGGGAAGAGUGUACUAAUUAUACACUAUUAAUUUAAAGUGAGUACAAGGUCAUCGAGGAACGCAACAAGCACAUGCAGACUUUUCAAGCACCCUGCCCCCUCAAAGUAUGCUAAUUAGACAAUCAAAUUUUAGUAUUCCUUCCUCAGCGACUCCAAUGUGACAUAUCAAUGUAAGUUUUGUUUCAUGGAAGGAAGGCAGAGCAAGGAUCAACUCUUUCUCACUAAUAUCUGUCGUUGUGCUGGCAACGGGUAGGCUGUUCAUUUAGAUUGUUUACGUUACUGGGUGGAUUCCAAUAUCACCAAGGAAGAAACUCAAUUCGGCUUGACUCUCAAAUGGUUACUAAUUUCUCCAUAUUAGGAACAAGCAACAUGAGUGUUCCAUCUGCAAAGAAAGUCUCCCAAUUCGAGUUCAGUACGAAGAUGAAUACUUCGAUCUCUUUACACUUGACAGGCCUGAUCUACAAUACAUCCUUGUUGAAGUAUACUCUCCCUCUAUCAAUAGAACAUCAAUAAAGAGAAGAACUUAUGCAAUGAAAUCUAUUUAAUCCACAGUCUCCUGAGUGACAAUAUCAAAAUUGUAAUUCAUAUCCCCCAUAUUAAAAGGGAAGAGGAUUCCAAUGUGAUAUCAAAGCCUAAGACAUCACUGUCUCUAGACAUCAUGCCACCAUCAAAUUGACUGAUGGUAACUUUAUGAUCUAGGACAACAAAAGUAAAUUUGGAACUCUAGUAUCCAUUGAUAAAAAAGUUUCGAUUGAUUGUGCAGCUUGCAGUUUGUAAAUUGGCAAACUACUAAUCAAUUUUAUCUAGUCCGAUUUUAUUUAAAAAGGUCUUUUUCAAUUUUUAAUGUAGGUGCUCCAUCAACUUAACACAAACUUACUUAACUACCUUAAAUAAAUAAAUAAUUAGAUGAAGAUGAACCACAAAUGGAUGAUGAUUCUUUUCAAUUAGAAAAUAAAUGAAAGUGAC